GGGCAUUGCGUUCGCUGAAAGCGGCACUACUUCAGCAGGAAUGCUGAAAAGGAGUAUUUCAGCUGAAAAAGAGUGUUUCAGCUGAGUUUUGUACAGUAGCAGUGGGUGCCGGUGGCGUGAGCCGGGCAGGCAGCUUUGCAGGAGGAGCGUUCCCACAUUUCCACCACUUUUGCCCUUUGGUUUCACAAGUGCCGUGCAUUUGGGCCUCUUUCAGAGGCUCAUCUGUUGCUGGAUUUUUCAGGGCACUGGUUCAGUCUGUUGCAUUGUGACCCACGUAAAAAGCCAAAGGGCAGGAGACUGGCUCUCAGCGCUCGUCCCGCUGCCAUCGUGCCUUCCCCUUGGCCGCCCUGCGGCUGCUCCACGUGGCAUCCAGGGGACAGAAAUGCUUCUGUGCAUAUAUUUCCCCAGUUCCUUGCUGUAUUAUUGUAGCUGUUGAAUAUAUUCAUUGAGCUGAAUGAAUCCCCACCUGGCAGCAUCCAUACCGCAGCAUUUGCAGCUUCAGCUUCAUUUAUGGAGAGGGAAGGGAAUAUAAAAUACAAAAGGGAAAUAAUGCACAAGCCUGCAGAGGCUUCAACGGUAUCGGCAAGCUGUGAGCUGCGCAAGCGUAUGGCUGGAGAGAGCGCCGGGAGCUUUUCAUAAGUCAGCUGGGAAGAUUUAAAGCCCUGGGUUUAAGAUGGCAUUUUUAAAAUAACUAGAUGAUGGAGUCUAGGUCAAAAGUUAUCUGGGAAUCUUAAUCUCACGGAAAUUAAAGGGAACUGGGGUUCUAGGUGUGCUCUAGAAAGAGGAUUUGGAAUCAAAUUCACACCAAUUUUAUCGCUGUAUAGCCACAAACUUCUGACAUUUAUAGUAAAAUAUUUACUGAGAAAAUGGAAUUUGUCAGAGGACGACACUGAUGCAUCAUCAAGCUUGGAAAAUGGGCUGUUACAGAUGAGUGGGAUUUGUGUCUGGUCCCUUUGGAAGAUGGGACUUGCAGCUUUUCCUUUAUUAUGAGGGAGGUAUCGUUGCUCAUCAGUGAAAAACGUCAUUAGAGUGGUGCUCAUGGCUGCACUGAGAGGGGGAUUAUUUGAGCACCACGGCAGAUGGCAUCCACUGACCCAAGACAACUUGGGGAUAAUUCAUUUUCCCACUGGGUGCCCAUCCAGUGCUGCUGGGUGACGUCCCCAGGGAGCAGAGGCUCAGGUCUGCCAGGGCAGGACCUUGCUCACCCUCGAAGCCCUACAAGUGGGCAGCCCCAUGGCCCUGGCUUCUUCUCAGGGGACAUUAAACACUGGUUACAAUAGAUGUCCCUUGUCUGUGUGGCAGCUCUGGCUGGGAAUACCUCUGCUUGCUCAGAGAGGUGCGGUGGGUUAUGUUUGGUAGAUGUGGCCCGAGCGUGGGAUUGCAGUGGGGUCCUGGGUGGGCAUCCGUGUCCCCCCACCUUCUUCCAGCCCCCAGGACAGCAGGGAGAGCAGAGCUGUGAGCGUGGUGGGUAGAAACCUCCCUUUUUGUGGCAGUCAGAAAGUCGGGUGUAGAUGGGAGGGGAGUCUCUGUAUGGGUUUGGUUAUUAAAAAUUCAGCAACGGAGGUUGAUAACAUAACGUCAAGCCCAGGUGAGACUCACACAGGCAUGUGAUGGAUUAGGAGGAGUUGAAGCUUCACCCAGUAGAGAAUUAGUAAAACUGGGGGGUGGGAAGCCCAGAAACAGCAACCAUUGCUUAGACACAUGCAGAUAGGAAGAGUUUUCCAGUCUUCCCUUUCCCAGGGCAAAGUCACUCCCUGGGUGCCAUGUCCCAAGCAAAAGCUGAGCCAUCUGUUUGUAAGGAUUAGGACUUCAGGGACUGGGAUACAAUAUAUCACAGAAGAAAAAUGUUUUAACUAUUUGGGAAAUACUUAACCGAGGUGAUGCUCAAGACACUGCAGACUGUACCGGAGCCAGGUGAGAAGCACUGAUGUGGGGGCCCACGGGAGGUGCUGGCACAAGGUGGGACGGGAAAUCCUGGAGCAUCCUCCACCGGCUCUUACGGAGGGACGGACCAUGAACAUCCCGCCUGCCUCACAGCUGAAAGCAUGACUCGAAGCCCGUUGUCCGAGAGCCCUUCCCAGGACCACGGCAGGGUCUGGGUGAAGCCGUGGUGGGACUGGUGGCUGCUCUCCCUUCGUCUCCUGCCACCGUGCCUUUUACCCAAGUGAGGGUGGCUGCCAUCGCUUUCUACAAGAACAGAAAGUUUUGCCUUUAGCAUUGCCAAAAUACCUGACCCAAGCUGGGGCUCUGCUUUCAUUUCUUGCCAUCCCCAGCUUCCCUCAUGUCAGAUUUCCCCUGGUUCCUGCUGCCAUGGCAGCUCAGUGGUGGUGGCUCUUGCAGGGAUGCUCAGAGCUGCACUGACUUUAUAUUCAAUAGAAAACGGUCCUCUGCUGGGUGCUGUUGGGAGACCCUGGAAGCUGCAGACGGCCAGAAGCAACACAGCAAACCCAACCUAGAAAACUGAGUGAUUUGGAAAGUGUUAAAUCCUUCUGAUGCUGGAGUUGCUGCUUGGGAAGCAGCACGUCUCUCCUGAAGCACAGAAAAGGUGAGCUACAGGCAGGAAAGAAAUUGGGACAAAACUGCCCUUUUCUGUACAACGACUUAAGGAGGGUGGGGAUGGCUGAAGAAGAAAGCAAUGUCAGCAUCAUGUGUGUCAACUGUUCUACAGUUCUUACUGUAAAAUAGCUUACAGACUGCAUGGAGGAGAAAACAUCAGGUCAUUCUAUAGGUGGUAGGAGAGGUGCUGCUGGGUGGGUGCCGCAUGGUGAUACAAAGGGACGGUGUGAAUAGGAGAGGGGUGUAGGUAAAGACCAGCUACACAGUCAGACCAAGUUUCACCUGGUAAUGGGUGCUGGUCUGGGGGAAGGAUGGAGAAAGAAUGAGACCGAGUCUAUUCCCUGCCUGUUCCCACAGACUUUCCCAGGACAUGGCUGCGCUUCUCCGUGCUGAGCAGGGCAGGCAGCCGAUGUCCUUCCGAGGCCACGCUGGGCUUGGUACCGAACCGCGCUCCUCUGACCGGGCCAUGCUCCCUGUGCCUGGGCUCAGGCUGCUUCAUGCCCUGCAUGGUUUUUCCUACCCUGUCUGCUAGGACAUUUACAGUUAAAUCCUGGAAAUGGCAAUGAAUCUUGCUAAAAUCAGGGCAGUAAAGAGUUUAAUAUCUCCAAUGAUGUGUAAAUGCUGAUUAUGUACUUUAAGAUCACAUAACACGACUAUUAAACCCAACAAGCUACACAAAGCAAAGACCUUUCCUAUGUGAAGAUGGGACCAAACUUCUGCAGCUGCUCAGCGUCAGACCUGGAGAGCUUGUGCACCAAGACCCCACCACCGGCAUCUGAGGAGUUGUGUCCCAAACUGCUUAAGCAAAGCUGGAUGGAGCAGCCCUUGUGUUUGGUAACCGGGUUUAAUGGCAGCCACGAAUGGCACUUGGGUUAUUAAGAUAUUUGCUUGAGGCGUGGACGAUACAGCCCUUCUCAGCUUUCUUUAUGCCAUCGUUUCAGUACUCAGAAGCUUUGCUGUAAAGCUGCUUUCUAAGUGGGGAAAGGGGAAUGUAAUCUCCUGGCCAACAAGGCAUCUGCUUCAUACUAGCAAUCGUGUUUAAUCACGUCGAGGGGAAGGCAGUCUCGGCGGCGGUGGCCGGUGCGUGCAGCCUGCCCAACGUGCCGCUUGUCUGUGGCCUUCAGAGACGCCAACGGCACUCGGGGGAUUUCUUGCUUUCUCUGAUUUAUCACACUGCAAGUGUUCCUAAAACCACUCCAGCUGCCAGCGCUGGCGAGAAGAGCUGCAGCGGCAGGGGCAGAGCCGCGGUGGGCACGGGUACCCGGGGCUUGCCUCUCUCCGCCACCGACACGGGGGAGGUGGAAGAGUUUUAAUUAGCUUUUGAUGCUAUUUUUUACCUCCCAGCACUGCUUAAUUUAGCUCAAGCUGUCAUACACUGAUUGUUAAGGGGAAAGGAAGGAAACGGGGGUGUUAGCCCCUCUCUGCUGAGCAGCUUGGCAGGAGCAGCCACAUCUCCUGAAACCUGGGCUGCUAGCUGGGGCUUUUCUUAGACCUUCUAUAGCCAUAAAAGUUUAUUGCCCAGAGAAAUUUCAUGCGCUGGCAUUCAUAAUACAUGGCUCCUGCAGGGCUUGUGCUGCAUUUGUAGGUUCUGUUCACACCCACUUCAGUUUCAACAACAUAAAUAUCUUAUGGAAAAGGCGCCUGAGAUCUUCAAUCAUGCUGUGACCUGCCUUGCCGCUGGAAGGACACAGAGACCUUGAAAAGCUGUCAUUGUGCAAGGAAGAGGUUUAUUCUCCUCUCUGUAAUAUACAAGGCCAUUGCAGGACUUUGUGCCGUCUUAAAUGACACGUGGAAGUGAACAAGAACCAACUGUUAAAGAUUUAAUAUUCCCUUAGACCAGCCCAGCCUUGGUCCUGGUGUGAAGUGGAUGCGGGCAGCUGAGCCAGCUGCUCUCCUCCAGCCAUCGCAUACGCCAUGAGAUUACGUUGCCUUCGCUUAUCCCUGCUGCUGGGUCUGCUCAGGCUCCUUCUGCGCCAGCCAAGGUGAGCAGAGGGAAGGACUACGCUGAAGCCAGAAAAGGGUCACUGGAUCGUCAGGUUACUGGAGUUUCUGUAUUUAGGAUAUAAAGUACAACCUGUAAUGUACGGCACGCAGAGGUUAAUAGGCAAGCACCGCUCCGCGCAGCACACAGUAACGAGAUUUCUGCAGAUCUUAUAGCAAAGUCGCCAGCUGGUUUGCUUUGCAGCACUAGAAAUCCCCCUUUUAUUCUGCUUUUGUAGCUCUUUGCAGGGUAUUGAAACCAGCAGUUUGACUCAUGUCCCUGACUGCGAGCACUCUGACACGAUGCAAGUAGGUGAAUAUUGUAUGUCAGCUUUGAGAUGCAGAAGGUGAGAGGGCAUUGGGAAGGGCUCUGCGAAGGAAAGGGCUCAGCUAUUGUUAGUGAUGGAAACUUUGUGUGUGUAUAUAUAUAGUUUAGUCCUGGGGAACUGGACUUGGGUGCAUGGGCAAUAUUGCACGCUCAGAUUUUUAGCUAUUUCCCUCUUGAGAAAUGCACUUUGUGUAACACUUUCCUACAAAACCACAGGGUAGGAGCUGCCGGUGUGUGGAUACGGAGCCUGCCAUCCGCCUGUCCCUGCAUCCCAGCCUCGUACAUCCCUCGUGUGAGUCGGUCGGAGGCGGAGAGCCGAGGCUGCGUCCUCUCCUACGGUCCAGGAGCUCUCCCCUGCCGCUGCCAAAGCCACCCCACUCCCAGCUCCUCCCAGAGCCGUCCAGCAGCCGAAGCAUCCAUCGAGGACCCUCCUCGCUGUGACGCUUGCCUCGCGGUCGGUCUGCCAGAACGUGAGCUUCCCACCUUCACAGCCAGCGUCACAGGUUUUCCACUUCCCAAAGCGUUGCUUCAGCUGGGAUUAAAAGAGCUCGACCUAUAUAAGCAAUUAAGGGCAGAGGGCAAAGCUUUGACACAUCCGUUCCCCCAAAAAAAGCUGUAGACGGCUCCGUGCUGACGGCUGCGUCCCCUCUCCCGGCAGCUGUCCCCAUUCCAGCCUCGGCCCCUUAUGCUGUUGGGAAUGAGCGCCUGCGGCAGGAAGGCGCUGACCCUGCUCAGCAGCGUGUUCGCCGUCUGCGGCCUCGGCCUCCUGGGCAUCUCCGUCAGCACCGACUACUGGCUCUACCUGGAGGAGGGCAUCGUCCAGCCCCAAAACCAGACGGUGGAAAUCAAACUGUCGCUGCAUUCGGGGCUCUGGAGGGUCUGCUUUCUGGCAGGUGAAGAGCGUGGCCGGUGCUUCACUAUCGAAUACGUCAUGCCCAUGAACAUCCAGCUGACAUCCGAAUCCACAGUCAAUGUCCUGAAGAUGAUCCGCUCUGCCACCCCCUUCCCUCUGGUCAGCCUCUUCUUCAUGUUCAUCGGCUUCAUCCUGAGCAACAUCGGCCACAUUCGGCCUCACAGGACCAUCCUCGCCUUCGUCUCGGGGAUAUUCUUCAUCCUGUCAGGUCUGUCCCUGGUGGUGGGGCUGGUCCUCUACAUAUCCAGCAUUAAUGACGAGAUGCUGAACAGGACCAAGGACUCGGAAACGUUCUUCAAUUACAAAUACGGAUGGUCAUUUGCCUUCUCUGCCAUCUCGUUCCUUCUCACGGAGAGCGCCGGGGUGAUGUCCGUUUACCUGUUCAUGAAGCGAUACACGGCCGAGGACAUCUACCGACCUCACCCCGGCUUCUACCGUCCCCGUCUGAGCAACUGCUCCGACUACUCGGGGCAGUUCUUGCACCCGGACGCGUGGGCGCGGGGACGCAGCCCUUCGGAUAUCUCCAGCGAGGCGUCCCUGCAGAUGAACAGUAACUACCCGGCUCUGCUCAAGUGCCCCGACUACGACCAGAUGUCCUCGUCCCCGUGCUGAGCCCCGCCACCCCUGCGCCCGCUCCCACCCAAGCGCCGACAGUCGCCGCGUCCUGGCUCCGUUUGUCAUUUAUUUUUCAGGCCACUCUUUCAGGGCAAUUCUCUAUUUAUAGGAGCAUAAAUAUAACCAGGGAGAUUGGUUAUAUAACCAAUAAUGUAACCUAGAGAAUUGGGAUAUUUUCCUUUCUUUGGUUUUGUUUUUUUUUUAUUAUUAUUAUUCUUCCCUGCAUAACUAAAAAUCUCUCCAAAGUCCUCUUCUUUCGGCUCAUCCCGCUGAGCAAACAGCAGUUCUGCCUGGGGGAUAAAUCCAGGGCUGGACUUGAGAGCAGAAAAAAGAAAAUAGAGUAGAACUAAGGAAAAAAAAAAAAAGUGGGGGUUUUUUUGGUUUAGGUAGGCUGCAAAAGUUUGUGCAUUUGCCUGUAUCAUUUAAUUAUAAAUUUACUGGCCUAAGUGCCUGCAGGCAUAAAAGAUUUGUGUAAAUUUCCAAGAAAUAGCCAUUAUUAGAAAAAUAUAAAUUUUGUCUUGAUUCAAUAUUUACUGAUCGGUAUAUCUCAUUGCUGGAUUUCACUUUUAACCAGGCUGUAACGGGAAAUAGCCAUCUUUCUCCUCUAUACCUCAGCAGGCUUAGACACAAGCGGGUGGUUGUUUCUCUAUGGCCACUUGCAAACUGUUGCUUAAAUAUCCCGUGUUAGACUGGAGGCAUUAGAGCCCUGGGGUGUCCGGGCUGUCGGGGUGGCUCAGGCACCCACCUUUCCUUCACCAUCCCAUAGACUGGAAGUCUGAAGAGUGACUGGGAGAAUUUCAGUGCAGCGUUGAGUGGGAAACUACCUAAAAUCUUCCCAUGGGAAAUAUUAGGCGCAGGACUUAGGGGAAAUUAUGGCCAGAAGUGCAAGUUACUUUGGUGAAAGGCAAGAUCCCAAAUCGGUGUAAAGUGAUGUAGCUGAAAUUAAUGGCACUAGUCCACUGUAGCAAAGUAGUUGGCUUAUAUUUCAUUUUGGCAAGAAAAUGGUAUUUUAGCUGGGUUUUUUGUGUGUGCAUGAACCUUAUUUUGAGGUUUUCAGUUUUAAAAUUUCAUAUGAUGCUUUGGCAUUUUGGUCUUAGAAGACUUGACAGCUGCCAGGGUUAGAGCAUCACUCUGAUUGAAAAUGAAGGGCAGGGAGGAAAAAGCUGUGCUCCCUCGUGCGCUCCUGUGCAAGCCAUGAGCUUGUCCCCUCGCAGGAGAAAGAGCUUUGUCCAAACUUUAUUUCUGUUCUUGUUAUUUUAAACCUUUCUGAAAAUUUCCUUUCUGUAAAACAAAACCUUCCAGGGAUUCUUGGUAUAUUUGAGCUUGUUUUGUCUUACUGUAGUUGAAACAAAUAGAAUAUACGCACUUUUAACCUCAUUUGUAGCAUACCAUGUAAUGAAUGUUACACCUCUUUUUAAUUAUUUAUUAUUUAUUUAUCAUGUAUUAUUUAUAAACUACUCCAAAAUAGGGUCCAAGUCCUGGUGCAGCACCACUACUUGCGUCAACUCUGAUGCCCAUCCUGUGGGACCCCACUACAAGCCUAUAUAUCCAGCCAACUCUUGAACAGGAUUAUUUCCUCUCCAGUCUCUUCAGAUAAGCAAGUAAUGUAUAUCUAGUGUCACUGAUUCCUAAUUUGCUAAGUUUUAAAACCAGGGCAUCCUUUUGUAUACACAGUAGUAUUUACCCUUAGUUUUUGUAUUACCCUCAAGCAUUUGUUUUCUCAUUUUAAAACCCAGUUUGUAAGUGCUAUGUGACAGGUUCACUGCUGGGAAGGUUUAAGCAUUAAAGCAUAAACCAGCCCCACCAUCCAGCGAUAAAGCUUGCUGGCCCUUAUCUGUUCACCCCAGCCAGAUAAACCAUCAGUUUUCUGCUGGGAUCUCUAUAUUCAGUGGGAAUUACGCUCCAAGAAAGCACUGGAGUUCACAUAUGAUGAUCUCGCAUUUGCAGAGCCCAAUCUAGUUUGCUGGGUUUGAUGUUAGCGGUUUCUGGGGGCUCAGACACAGUUGCCUUUGCAUCCUCCCCUUGAUGGAUCCUUUAUAAUUCUCAGCCCUUCUUGGAAGAGGAAACCUUCGGGAUCACCAAAAUCGCUGAUGCUCAGAGGCGUGAGGGCUGUCCCACACAGCUACGUUCUCCCACGCUGGGGAGUCAUUUAGUGCAGUUAAUCCUGUGCAGCAUCGUGAGACGUCCCUGUCCCCGAGUGGAAUUUUCCUUUGUACUGAUUAAAUACAGAAUAAUUCAUUUUAUAAAUUAAAAUGUCUGCCUACAUAAGCAGAAGAAAUGGAGGAAAAAAAAAAAAAAUUCAUACCUUCCUCAAGGCCCCAGAAGGUUUAGCAGAGUCUAGGGGCAAAUUAGGAAAGUAAUUAUUUCAAUUCGUUGGAGAGAUUCUCAUCAUGUGGCUGCAUUUGUGAGCCCAGGAGUUCACAUGUUCACCCAGUGAGCACAAGCCCUUUGUAAGUAAGUGCAGAACUGCCAAAAGAAAUCUGUCAAAAUAAGUGUUUGCUGUCGGUUCAGUAAAUGCUGGUUUGGGGCAGGAAAAUGUGGUGCUUGGUAAAGCACGGGCAACAGUGGUUGUGCCUUCGGGUGGUGUUGCUGUCCCCCUAACAGUGCCCGGUGUGGCAGCAGCUCUCGGCAUGGAUGACUGUGGGCCUCUAAAUGCCAAUAUCACACUUUCCUUGACUGGGGAGAAACUUCUCCAGAGCCUCUGAGGCACGGAGACAUGAGUGUGGCGUGGGUGAGGUGGUGGGGCAAGCUGCGGAGCCACCCUGCGAGGUCCUUCUCCCCCCAAGCAUCACCCUGUGGUUGACGUUCUCCACAGCGAUAAAUGCUCAGUAAAUAGAUGUAGUACCCUCUUAGGACACCUAUUCAUCAUUUAAACACCUCUCCUAGUCAUCUGGCAUGGUUUCACCCCACCUUAGUCUCUGUUACACCACAUCCCUCCCUCCUUGAGUAACACUGCCCAGUUGCCUCCUUUGGGCUCUCUCCCACCCCUGUUUCAGUGCUGGCGUCCCGCUGUGUUCUUUCUGUGUCUGUUGCUUGGAUUGCAAUAAAUAAAAAGUGGAGCCUGAGGAUAAACUAGCAAUUAAAUUAGAGGUUUAACCCCUA